GGGGGCUGGUCUCCCAUGGUAACCGACCAAGAGCCCUGGCUCCAGGUGGACCUCAGGGAGCAGAUGGAGGUGACGGCAGUGGCCACGCAGGGACGCUAUGACAGCUGGGAUUGGGUCAGCAGUUACCUGCUGCUCUACAGUGACACGGGUCGGGCCUGGAAACAGUACAGGCAUGAAGAUGGUGUUGGGAGUUUUGUCGGGAAUGUGAAUUCGGAGGCCGUUGUCCAGAACAAGCUGUCCCACUCGGUGAGAACCCGUUUCCUUCGCUUCGUCCCUCUCGACUGGAACCCCAGUGGCUGGAUGGGCCUCAGAGUGGAGGUGUACGGCUGCUCCUACAAGUCAUACGUGGCAGACUUUGACGGCAGAAGCUCCUUGCUGUAUCGGUUUAACCAGAAGUCCAUGUCAACGGUGAAAGACGUGAUCUCUCUCCGGUUCAAGAGCCAUCAGGCUGAAGGGGUUUUACUGCAUGGAGAGGGGCAGAGAGGAGAUUACAUCACCCUGGAGCUUCACCGAGGAAGACUAGACCUCUACCUUAACUUAGACGACAGCAGGCUGAGGUUCAGCAGUAGACGUGUUGCUGUCACCGUGGGCAGCCUGCUGGAUGACCAGCACUGGCACUCUGUCCACGUAGAGCGCUUCAACAAGCAGGUUAACCUCACAGUGGACUCCCACUCACAGCACUUCCAAACCAAAGGGGAAGGACACUCACUGGAGGUGGACUAUGAGCUGAGUUUUGGAGGCAUCCCACUGCCCGGUAAGCCCGGCACCUUCCUCAGGAAGAACUUCCAUGGCUGCAUGGAAAACCUCUAUUACAACGGAAUCAAUAUCAUAGACCUUGCGAAGAGACGCAAGCCACAGAUACACAGCGUGGGCAACGUGACCUUCUCGUGCUCGCAGCCCCAGCUGGUGGCCUGCACCUUCCUGAGCUCCAGCAGCAGCUUCCUGUCGCUUCCGCCCGCAGCGUCUGCCACCGGGGGUUUCUCUGUCCGCUUCCAGUUCAGGACGUGGAACACAAACGGGCUGCUGCUCUCUGUUCAGCUGAACCCAGAACCACAGAGACUGGAGCUGCAGAUCAGCAACAGCCGUCUGCUCCUGACCCUCCACAGCUCAGGACAUCAGAAAUCAGAGGUCUCGGCCGGUGAAGUCAACGACGGACUGUGGCAUUCUGUGAGUCUCGACACGAGGAAUUUACCUAUCACUCUGACUGUGGAUAAUGAGCCAUCCUCCAUGAUAGAAGUGUGGGAACAACUGGAAUCAAGAGGCAACUUUUAUUUUGGAGGCUGUCCCACUCUGGACUGUCGUUACACAUCUCCAGCCUUCCAGGGGUGUAUGCGGCUUAUAUUCAUCAACAGCCAGCCAAUGAACCUCAGCCAUGUGCAGCAAGGAUUGCUGGGAAAUUAUAAUGAGCUUCGGUUUGACACCUGCACGAUAAGAGACAGAUGCCUUCCUAACCUGUGUGAACACGGAGGCCGCUGCUCUCAGUCUUGGAGCUCCUUCUCCUGCGACUGUUCAGGAACGGGAUACUCUGGAGCCACCUGUCACAACUCCAUCUACGAGUUGUCCUGUGAGGCCUACAAGCUGAUUGGCAGCUCCUCGGGCUACUACUCCAUUGAUCCAGAUGGGAGUGGUCCCUUGGGGCCCACACAGGUAUACUGCAACAUGACAGAUGAGAAGGUGUGGACGGUGCUGAAUCACAACAGCACAGCUCCAGUCACCGUCAAGGGCUCCUCUCUUGAGAGACCUCACAUCAUGAAGUUCAACUACAGCGCCUCGGCUGAACAACUGCACGCCAUCGUGUCAAGGUCAGAGCAGUGCCAACAGGAAGUGGUUUACCACUGUAGGAAGUCUCAUCUCUUUAACACGAAAGAUGGCAGCCCGCUAUCCUGGUGGCUGGACCGGCAAGGGGAGAGGCGAAGCUACUGGGGAGGCUUCCUGCCUGGAGUUCAACAGUGCUCCUGCAGCCUGGAGGAGAACUGCGUAGACAUGAACUACUUCUGCAACUGCGAUGCUGAUACAGACACAUGGGCAAAUGACACAGGAAUCCUCUCCUAUAAAGACCACCUACCAGUGAGCCAGAUAGUGAUUGGAGACACCAACCGAACGGGCUCACAGGCUGUCUACCACAUCGGCCCUCUGCGUUGCUAUGGAGACAAGUCCGUAUGGAACGCAGCCACCUUCUACCAGGAGUCCUCUUACCUGUACUUCCCCACUCCGCAUGCUGAACUCGCCUCUGACAUCUCCUUCUACUUCAAAACCAGCGCUCCUUCGGGAGUGUUUCUAGAGAACCUGGGCCUCAAAGACUUCAUCAGAGUGGAGCUGAGCUCUCCCUCAGUUGUGACUUUCUCCUUUGAUGUGGGAAACGGUCCGGCGAUCCUGUCCGUGAAGUCCCACCUCCCUCUGAAUGACAGGCAGUGGCAUCACGUGAGAGCAGAGCGCAACGUGAAGGAGGCCUCCCUACAGGUCGACCAGCUCCCCCUCCGCUUCCUGGAGGCUCCGCCUGAUGGACACCUUCGCUUACGGCUCAGCAGUCAGCUGUUUGUAGGGGGAACAGCGUCCCAGCAGAAAGGCUUUCUGGGCUGCAUCAGGAGUUUGACGGUCAACAGCGUGAGCUUCGACUUGGAGGAGAGAGCCAGGAUGACGCCGGGAGUGAGCUCCGGUUGUCCGGGCUACUGCAGCGGCUCCAGCAGCCUCUGUCACAACCGGGGAAGGUGUAUCGAGAAGAGCAACGGCUACGUCUGCGACUGCUCCCAGUCUGCCUACGGGGGAACCACCUGUAACCAAGAGGUGUCGGUGUCCUUCGACAAAGAGUCUUCAGUGACCUACACCUUCCAGGAGCCUUUCUCAGUGAUGCAGAACAGAAGCUCACAGGCCUCCAGUGUUUCCAUAGAAAGCAGCAGCAGCAGAGCAAGAGAGGACAUGGCCUUCAGCUUCAUCACUUCCCAGAGCCCAGCAAUGCUGCUGACUGUCAGCACCUUCAGCCAGCAGUACAUCACUGUCAUCCUGGCUAGGAAUGGGAGUCUGCAGAUCUGGUAUCACCUCCAGACAGAAAGAAGUCCAGACGUAUUCAGCCCCACCGCCAGCAACCUGGCCGACGGACGACUCCACCGACUUAGAAUCCACCGAGUGGGAAAAAACCUUUAUGUACAGAUCGACCAGGAUAUCCACAGAAAGUACACGCUGUCAUCUGAUGCAGAGCUGAUCUUAAUCAGAACCUUGACAUUGGGCAAAGUCAUCAGAGAGGAGAACUUCAGUGAGGAAGUAAUGCAAGCAGCUUCCAAAGGUUUUAUCGGCUGCCUCUCCUCGGUCCAGUUCAACCACGUUGCACUGCUGAAAGCGGCGCUGACCAACCGAGGAAGCUCACUGGUCACCAUCCGUGGUCCAUUGGUCCAAUCAAAUUGUGGAGCUCUGGCAGACUCCUCCUCACACACUUUGCAAGAUCAAGGUGUGACACCAAAUAAAGAGAAGGAGCCCCUUGGCCAUGAUUCACAAAAGGAUUUGGCUGUAAUAGCAGGAGUGGUCACAGCGGUGGUCUUCAUCGCUGUUUGCGCCCUGGCUGUGAUGACCCGCCUCCUCUACCAGCGGCGACAGGCCCAGAGGAGCAACAGCAUCAAGGAGGAGCACAGACACACCAUGUACACAGACUACAGGACAGAGAUACACCUCCACAACUCAGUCAGGGACAACAUGAAGGAAUACUACAUCUGAUCACAGUGAACUCAACGGGCCUAAGCCACAAACUUACCUCUCUCUCUCUCUCGUAUAAAGGACUAGCAGGUGGGCGUGCUGCUGCGGCGUUCCUUACAACAAACAUGUCUUGUGCCCUGGAAGUCUCCCAGGAACACUCCAGAAGCCUGUA